GCGAACCCCUCACUCAAGCUAUUUUGGCCACUCGCCGGACUCUUUUAAUGAUACUGGCCACUAGAUUUGGAGACUUUAUGCAAAGCUGUGUUUGUUUUCAUGUUAACUUGGGAGCGAUUAGGCUUCGAAUGCUUCAUGAACACUGAGCCGGAAUUGUAUUGCUCGGUUGCCGAAGCACAAAAGUGCGAGCUAAUACCCACGUAUCUUGGCGUACUAGGAGGAAUCUCUCGUCCACAUGAAUGUCACAUCGUCCCUUACUUGGUGCAGUCAGCUGCAGUUCCCACUAUGAUGCUAUCUCUGGCAACAGUGAUGACGGUCCAACAUUUCCUUCGGAUGACAUUGGCAGACGAAUCGUGGAGAAGAGGCUUCUCCGAAAGUUGGACCUUCGUGUAGCGUUCCUAGUCCUGGUUUACAUUGUGAACGUUAUGGACCGCACUAAUAUAGCUGCAGCGAGGCUGCGUGGUUACGAGGAGGACCUCGGCAUGAUGGGGAACCAAUUCAACACACUUACCAGCAUCCUUUAUGUGGGGUAUUUGUUGACGCAGGCUCCUUCCAACAUGAUUUUACAUCGCAUGAAGAGGCCAUCACUCUACCUCUCGAGCUGCAUGAUAAUAUGGGCUGCUACCACCGCGUGCAUGAGUGCAGUACAAACAUACCACGACGCUCUUAUAUUGCGCUUUUUGCUUGGAUUCGUAGAGGCGGUGUUUUUUCCCGGAGCUGUAUUCCUUCUUUCACAAUGGUACAAGCACAAUGAACUAGGACUACGCACAGCAUUUCUUUAUUGCGGCGGCUCCGUCAGCAAUGCUUUUGGUGCUCUUAUCGCGUCAGGGAUUUUGGGAAGCUUAGAUGGCACACUAGGUUUUACGGCUUGGAGGUGGCUCUUCUUCGUGGAAGGCACUAUGACCAUCGUGGUCGCAGUGUCUGCAAUCUGGAUUAUACCCGAUUUUCCUUCAACGCCGAGCGCCUGGCUUUUGCCUGAUGAACAGACCCUUGCCAAACGACGGAUGGAAGAGGAAGUUGUUGGCGGAAAUGAACACAAAGGCAAAUCAGGAGAGGGCUUUUCUGGUCUUGCUGAGGCUCUCACGGAUUGUAAGGUCUGGUGGAUUGGUGUUGCUUUUCACUUGAUGGCCUGUUCGAUGUCAUUCAGCCUUUUUUUCCCGACACUGUCCGCUACAAUGGGGUACAACGCGACUAUCAGCCUCUUGCUUUGCGCACCCCCGUGGAUUUUGGGAACUGCGACCUCAUUUGUUGUGGCCAGACACUCCGAUGCAACUGGUGAUCGCUUUUGGCAUAUCGCUGGCCCUCAGCUUGUCGGCAUCAUUGGGUAUAUGCUCGCGAUUUCUACAAUGAACACGACUAUGCGAUAUCUGUCCCUAUUUUUGAUGACUCAGACCCCAGUCGCCUAUGUUGUUACUCUGACCUGGGUUAUGAACACGUUUUCCCAAUCACAGUCGAAGCGCGCUGCAGCCAUCGCACUCAUAAACACCAUGGCAUCAGCUGGCAUGAUCAGUUCUUCGUACUUUUGGCCGUCCAGUUGGGGGCCUUCGUACGUGAACUCAUAUAUGAUUUGCAUCUUGACAAACGUCGUGUCUAUUGCGAUGCUAUGGGUAUUCAGGGUGCACCUUUCCCGGUGCAAUGAAGCUGCUGAAGCCGAAGAGCAUGCUCUAGGGCUACCCAGGGGUUUUAGAUAUCUUCUCUAGCACUCCGAGUCGCUACUCAGCUGUCUUCAGCAAGUGUUCGAUAUUGAUUUUAUUUUAUUUUAUCGUUGUUUGUA